AAAUCUAAAUCUGGAAUAAUAAUGAGGUUAAAGUGUCAUGGCAGUAACGUUAUCUGAGCUCCUCAAAGUGUGGUUCUCUCUCAGAGACUUCUCUCGGUUUUAUUUUCAUGUCUCCGUUUAUAUAUAUAAACGCCACACACCACCUUCAUUAGCGUGAAGCUGAACCAGUCCAGGCUCGUUCCACAGCUAAAGCUUUGAGAUGCUUCCUGUUAUAUUUUUAUACUUAGAGAAACUGUAUAGCGGCGGCGGUGGUGUAAUAAAUUCCUGGGUGCCGUCCACAGAGCGAGAGAGCGAGAAGUGUCUGGAGCUAGGACCUCUGGCUGUGUGCCCCCUGGGUGUGUGUGAGGAUAAUGCUCAGCCAUGGUGCCUUGUCAGACCCACGUCAUGCUGAAGUGGCAGGAGCACCUGAACAGCUCCUGGGCGGCGGAGGACAGCACGCAGACCGCCACCCGAAGCGGCGCCUCCUCUCUCUACGCCAAGCUGCUCCAUCAUAAGGAGGCGAUGGCUCUGGCGCUGCCCGUCCAGGACUUGCUGGGUCCACGCCUUCCCGACUUCCAGCACGACUCCAGCGCCAACGAGGAACGCGACGAGUACCUGCGGGCGCUCCUGCGUAGCCAGCGCUGCCUCAGCCAUCGCGUCCUCGCCCACUGGCCUUUCUCCAUCUCUCUGCAUCAACGUCUGGUGGCACUGCAGAGGAUCUACUACGCCCUUCAUACCAAGUACCACGACCGCUUCCGCCAUCCUCCUGCGCCUCAGUCGGGCUCCUCGGGGCCAGACGGCGGCGCUCUCGAGCCCGUUUCCGAUCCGCAUCAAUCAGGCGUCAGAGGCAGGACGACAUCCGGAACGGACGUGCUGAUCGAAAUGGGCGUACGUACGGGACUGAGCCUCCUGUUCGCUCUGCUGAGGCAGAACUGGCAGCGCGGGAACCUCGAGGACGUCACCUUGUGCAACGACGUCCUCAGCACGGCUCAGUCGGUGCUCUCGGCCCUGCCGCCGCUCUCGCUAGCUAACGAGAACAAGAUGGCGCCGGUGGGGCUGGAGUGCAUGGCGCAGGUGGGCGACUUUCUGAAGAAGACUGCAGCGAGCGGGCGAGGGGCGGACCCAGCCGGGCGGCGCCUGGCACUCGAACUCCUCCUGAGCAUCGCUGUGCAGAGAGGAGCCCUGCGCUUCCUGCUGGAGUGGGUGGAGGUGGCGCUAGCAGCUACGUCAUCGUCGUCUUCAUCUGCAUCCUCAUUUUCAUCUUCAGAGCCUUUGGCCGUGAGCUGUGAGCUCAUCGUUCAGAUCCUGCAGCAGAUGAGACAGUGCUCGGGUUUCCGUGGUGACCUCAUCAACACUCAGGUGCUUAAGAAGGAUACAGAUGGACUCUGCAGUCUCUCCCAUGUAGCACUGUGUCUCCUCGAGGAGAUCUGCACUCUGGCCUCUAGCUGUCUGAGCUCGUGCAGUGCGGGGACGUCGUGCCCCGGCUCCGAGGCCGACGCCCUGGUGAAGGUGUUCGUUUGGGGCAGUAACAGCAGUCACCAGCUGGCCGAGGGAACGCUGGAGAAAAUCCUCCAGCCCAAACUCGCACAGGGCUUCAGUGACGCACAAGUGAUAGAGGCGGGGCAGUACUGCACGUUCUCCGUGUCGUCGGACGGCUCCGUCAGGGCUUGCGGAAAAGGCAGCUACGGCCGCCUCGGCCUCGGAGACUCCAACAACCAGUCGGUCCCCAAAAAGCUGGUGCUGGACCCUCCACGCUGCAUGAGGAAGGUGUCCUCGUCCAAAGGCUCGGACGGACACACGCUGGCCGUCACGGUCGAGGGAGAAGUGUUCAGCUGGGGGGACGGAGACUACGGCAAGCUGGGCCACGGGAACAGCGCCACCCAGAAAUACCCCAAAAUCAUACAGGGACCCCUGCUGGGGAAGGUGGUGGUGUGUGUGUCCGCUGGCUACAGACACAGCGCAGCCGUGACCAACGACGGAGAGCUGUACACCUGGGGAGAGGGAGACUUCGGCCGCCUCGGCCACAGUGACAGUCACAGCCGGAACGUUCCGACCCUGGUGAAGGACAUCAGCGGCGUGGGCCAGGCGGCAUGCGGCAGCUCACACACAGUCGCUGUGGCUCAGGACGGACGCGUCGUCUGGUCAUUUGGAGGAGGAGACAACGGUAAACUGGGACACGGCGACACAAACCGCGUGUACAGACCCAAAGUGAUCGAAGCUUUACACGGUUACAUCAUUAGGAAAGUGUGUGCUGGAAGUCAGUGCUCACUGGCCCUGACUUCUGCUGGACAGGUGUUUGCCUGGGGCUGUGGCUCAUGUCUAGGCUGCGGUUCGUCCGAAACGACGUCACUUAGACCCCGCUUCAUCGAGGAGCUGAGCGUCACUAAGAUCAUAGACAUCUCAUGUGGAGACAGUCACUGUCUCGCUCUGUCUCACGAAAACGAGGUGUACGCCUGGGGUAACAACGCCAUGGGUCAGUGUGGACAGGGCCACACGUCGACGCCCAUCACCAAACCUAAGAAAGUGACUGGUUUGGAGGGUGUGUCCAUCCAGCAGAUCACAGCGGGGACGUCCCACAGCCUGGCAUGGACCGCCGUCCCCACAGACAGACAGCUGGUGGCAUGGCACAGGCCGUUCUGUGUGGAUUUGGAGGAGAGCACGUUCACGUACCUGCGCAGCUUCCUGGAGCGCUACUGCGACAACAUCAGUGAGGAUACACCACCUGCACCCUUUAACUCCAAGAGGGAGCAUCAUCAGUUUGUGCUGCUGUGUAUGAAGCUUCUGUCCAUCCACCUGUCUCUGGCCCACGCAGGAGGAACCGGGGCCACCGUGCUCGGAGCUCAGGGAAGACCCAUCCGCAACCUGCUCUUCAGACUCAUCGACUCUGACGUCCCCGACGCGCUACAGCAGGCGGUGAUGAACACACUGUCGAUCGGAGCGUCUCUCUUGCUGCCUCCUCUCAGGGAGAGAACUGAACUGCUGCACUCACUGCUACCUCAGGGCCCGGAGAGCUGGGAGAGUCUCUCUAAAGGACAGCGUCUGCAGCUGGACAUGGUGCUGAACAGUCUCCAGGAGCAGAGCCAUGUAGCUUCCUUACUGGGUUACAGCUCUCCCGGGGAACUCGGUGCCAACCUGCCCCAGCCUGCCUCACCCGAGCGGCCUGUGGCCCCCGCUACCUCCAGCACAGAGGCUCAGGAUCACCUGCACCUGGCUGAAGUGCUGCUCAAGACCCUCCUGCUAAGCAUCGGCUUCUACACGGAGCGUGCCUUCGGUGAGCUGGAGAAAAACAGUGACAAGCAGCAGUCCAGUCCCGCUCAGAAACAGACCGAAGCUCCGUCUCACUUCCACCACCUGCUCUCAGCGCUGCAUAAACACCUGCUGGCCCACUGCUACGUCUACACCAACACCGAGGAUGACGGCAGCGUGAUGUUGCUCCAUAAGCACCUGUGUCUGCUGUUACCCUACGCCGCUGAGACGUUCGGGAGGUCCACCAUCCUGCUGGAGGAGAGCUCGCUGGACAAGAACGUCAUCAAUAAACUGCACACGGUGUUGUAUGGCUCCGUAGCAGGCAGUCUCCUGUGUCAGGUGAUCUAUUCGCUGCUUCUGCUGCCCCUGGGCGUGGUCAGGCCUCUCCUCCCUCACCUGAUGUCUCUGCUUGAACACCUGAACGAGCUGAAUGUUCACCUGCCUGACACAAACCUGCAGGAGGACCUGGAGCUGCAGGGUGUGAACACAUGUCCCGAUGUGCCGGAGGUGACCGAUCCCGCCCCUGAACCGGAGACUCAGUAUGACUGGGCGUGGCUUCUGGACCUGGAAAGAGCCGUGGCUUUGGCGAUUGGUCGAUGUCUGGGAGGGAUGCUGCAGGGCCCGCCUUCCUCCGCCCAGGAGAAGACAGCUGAGUUUUGGCUGAGUAACCCGCUCCUGAGGAACGGCCUGGAGAUGGACUUCGAACAGCUGGACUCGGCCAUGAGCUGGCUGACGGAGGCGGUGCUGCUCGGCUGCGGAGACGCCAGGCUGGCUGACCUUCAUCUCACCGAAGAGAACGCCACGCUGCUGGAUCUGGCACUCGGUUCCUCACGAGAACCAGCGAGCGGCCUUUGGAGGAAGAUGAAGGAGUACGCCGUCAGCAGAGACUGGGACGGCAGUGGUGCAGUAGGAGACGGUUUGUUGGAGACGGCGUGUCGCUGCAGUCUCGCUGCUUUGCUCAAACACACCGGUCUGCAGGACGAGGCGUACUGGCAGGACAAGUACGAGCCGUGCGAGAUGCUGAUCGAGAUCUACGAGGUGGUGUAUAAGAUCCGCAGCACUCUUCUGUCUCAUAAAGAGAACACAGGACACACAGCUAAUACACAGCCGGCCACGGUGACUAAACAGGGUUCGAGCGACACACACAGCCUCGAUGAGGACACACACGAGGGCAGCAGCUCCGAGGAGCACACAGCGAGAGAGAUCACACACACCGCCGAACACAACCAGGACGACCCGGCCGAAGACGAGACGCCCAGCAUCAGUAUGUACCUGCCGGCAGAGGUGCUGCAGUGUUUCUUGGCCACGCGGGAGGCCAUGCAGCUGCAGCAGAAUGAGACGGUGUACGAGUCGUCAGGCACAAGCACUCUGCCCAGCACGUCGGAGAGCCCGGCCACCCCAGACAGAGACACGCCCACCUGCGUGCCCUUCACCUCCGUGUGCCAGCUGCUCAUCAAACGCUGCCUCUUCCUGCUGCUGGGGGUCCGACCCGCCUGGUACGAUCACAGCCAGCACACAAACAACACAGCUGCCAGGAAGUCAGUGUACUCGUCUGAAGGGCAAAGCAAGCGAGUGGAAUACUUUAAUCUGUACAGCAGCAGGAGACAGACUGAGAGAGAGACUGCGGAUCAUUCAGGAAGCUGCUCAGGGUCUGUGAAGAGCAAAAUGGGGCUGCCGCUGUGCUCUCUGGGCAUCAUGAAGGACGCAUGGCAGAGACUGAGGCAGUGUAUCAGUCCUGACACGGCGCUCAGUUCUGCGGCUAUCAGCUCACCCAUGAUCGACCAGGUGUUUCACUUUGUGUGUGGGAGUCUGGUGAGGACGUCAGCGUUGGUGGAAAGGGAGGUGUGUGUUCAGGCUGAUCCUAAAGCCAUCACGCUGGCCAUGGCCCAGCAGCAGCACAGAGCUGAGGUCCGAGUCGAGGCUUUGCGUCAGAUCUCCUCUUUCCUGGCUGAGAUGGAGGAGAAGACUGACGGCUCUACAGCGCCCCCACGUUUCCCAGGCCUCCUGCAGUCAGUGCAGCUGCACUUCCUGUCAGGCUGCUUCGGUCUCGGAGCUCCGGUCGCAGGCAGUCCGGCGACACCCGGUGACACGAUAUAUCACUACACCGCUGGCACUCAGUCGGCCUCUAUGAGCACCCAGAGAGAGCUCCAGGCAGCAGCACACACUCUCUACCAGCAGGUGGUGCGUGUGCUCAGGCAGAAAGUAGCUGUGGAGAAAAAGCAGAAAGGUUCUUGCCAGCAGCUGCUUCUGGCCGCCGUAUUUGCCCUGAAUUUCUGCUACGAGCCGGAGGAUCUGGUGCUGCUGGUCCGCAGCGGCCUGCUCGAGCUGCUCUCGACUCUCACCCAGAACGCCUGUGUGUUAGUGAACCAUCGCUGGCUCGCCUCCUCCGUCUCAGCCAACGCACUGAUGAACGGUGCCAUGAGACUCGCAUCAGCACGCCUGCUCCAGAGUCUCGUCAUAGCAGCCAGCUCGUGUGAGGGCUCCUUGCCGCUGGACGUGUCUCAGGCUCUGAUGGAUGUGAUGUGUGAGCAGCUGCAGGGUCUCUUACACACCUACCACCAGCAGGAGGCGCCGGAGAGCAGCACACAGUGUGAAUUAGAGCACGACCCCGCCAGUGUAACAGCCAAGCAAGAGAUAGGAUCAGAGGCAUCUUGCAGUAACAAAGUCAUGGAGUCGCAGCUUGCGGACUUUCUAGUCUUCCUCAGACGCGUCCUCUCACCAUCAGUGACCAAAAGAGUUUCAUCGUUCUCCAGGUGGAUCGACCCUCUGAUGACCAUCAUCUCCUGCCACAGCAGCUCAGGUAAUCCUCGCUUCCAUAAUCUCCGUACCAAGCUGUUGGCGUUCCACAUCCUCGAAGCCUUACUUCCAGCCUGCACAGAUUCACUGCAGAUGAAACAGAUAGUUGAUCAGCUGUUCGGUCUUUUAUCCACCUACAUGUGGGAGGAACCUCUGGCCUCCGGGAGAAAUCUGGAAAAUAGGAAUAUAGACAACGUGUCUGAGAGCUUAAAGAGGGAGAGCAGUGCCGAGGACGAAUGCAUUCCCAUCGGAGAUUUCUCCUUCGACCCUCAGAAGCUGCUCUGCUGUUCUCUGGAGAGCGGGAACGUUCUCUCUCACGGUUCGGGAGGCAAAGGUUACGGCCUCGCCACCACAGCCAUCACCUCCGGCUGCUUCACCUGGAAGUUUUACAUCACGAAAGAGAACCGAGGGAAUGAGGGAACGUGUAUCGGAGUGGCACGCUGGCCCAUCCGCGACUACAACCACCGCAGCACCACGGACAUGUGGCUGUACCGCGCCUACAGCGGCAGCCUGUACCACGGGGGUGAGCUGGGUCGCGCACUGCCCUCCUUCACCCAGGGAGACACCAUCACCUGCAUCCUGGACAUGGAGGCCCGGACCAUCUCCUUCGCCAAAAACAACCGGGAACCCAAGCUGGCGUUUGAGGGCGUGGACGCUACAGAGCUUUACCCCUGUGUGCUCUUCUACAGCAGUAACCCAGGAGAGAAGGUGGCGCUGUGUGACCUGCAGAUGCGCGGCGUGCCCGGGGACGUUUUGCCCGGUGACCCCCUGUGCUGCCCGCGUGCGGCCGUGCUCCUGGAGGCCACGGUUCAGCUCCUGAGGCGACUACAUCACACCAAGGCCUGGACUUCACACAUCAACCAGUACAUGACCCAACGCCUGGAGCUCAUCAGCGUCGUAAUGAGGGAGGGAACACAACACACACAUGGAGGCGGCAGUAAGGAGCAGGCCGAUGGUGGAGAGGAGGUGGAGCGGGAGUGGAAGGUGAGGAGUCCUGACCUGCUGUGUGACAGCCAGCUCGGCGUGCUGUGUUCGGACGUGUGGCCCGUCCUGGCUCUGAUCGGAGGGGUGGACAGCGGCCUGAGGGCAGGAGGGGCGUGUCUACACAAACCCAGCGGGCGCCGGGCCACCCUGUUAGGGGUAGUGAAGGAGGGCAGCAGCCUCGCUAAGCUGCAGUGGGAGGAGACUGAUCUGACUGUGAGCUUCCUGAAUUCUUGGUCACCCAGCGACACUCCGCUCUCGUCCCUGGAGCCGUGCGACGUGCCUCAGCUGGACGUGUCGCACUGCGGCAGCUUCACGGCCUCCACCAUCUUCGAUCUCAUCCUGCUGACAGGCGUGCUCGAGGAGGCGGAGCCUAAAUCCAGAACCAGGGCACGAGCGCAUUCUCGCAAGCAGACGGGGUCGGAGGGUGGAACCAGGAGCGAACUCGAGAAGAAGCUGGACGAGGACAUCACGCGUGUCAUCAUGCUGGACGAAGAAAACGACACAGAAAAAGACGAGUUCCAAGAAUCCAUUAAAGUCCCAAAGCUUUCCGGAGAAGCGCAGGAAGGUGCAUCCUACACGGCGCAACAGAAAGCAGACAUGUUCGCCCUGGAGCUGCGUGCCAUCCGGGUCUCGUACCUCCUCCUCGGAGCUCUGAAGUCUCUGGCCGUGAUUCUGAACUGCGCCAAGUUCACAGACCUGCUCCUGGUGCCCAAAGUGGAGACGAGCGGCGGCGCAGGCAGCCCCGAGCAGUCGAGCGCCGAGCUGCGAUCCGUGCUGCAGUUCCUGGUUCGCAGCAUGGUGAAGUGGGCGGUCAGGCCGUGUCCUAUAAAACAGCACGUCACCAUGUCUGAUCUGGAGAGAGCGCAGAUUAUGAUCUUUAAAGGAGCUUUAUGCAGACUGCAGGACGAUGGAGACAAGGAGAAUAAAGGUCACAGCACGUCUCAGCCGGUGUCCCAGUCUUCCAGCUCCAUGUCUCUGCACAGCAACGCUUCCGACGCGACCGCCGUGUUCGGACAGUCAGCUUCGUCCUCCACCAACGACCUGACGUCUUCCCUCCUCACCGCUUUACAGGCUGACGGCUUGGACAAUUUUAACCCUUUCCUCCCCAUCAGCAUCCUGCAGCGCAUGGUUCUGGCUCGCUUCCCCACACUGGCCGGGCUGGUCCACAGCCCCAUGUUGCCCCCGGCGAUCAGCCUGGUAGGCUCCGCCCCCUGCACAGGAUUCGCUGAGCAGCAGACGAGCUUUCUAGAGCCGUGCGGUCAAACCAGAACUCCUGUGGAUCCACCACCAAUGUUUGUUCCUGUUCGUUUGCUAGAAAUGGGCUUUUCUGUGAGACACAUCUACAGAGCUAUGGAAGCUGCAGGGGUCACGGGUGAGGUGGACUCGGCUACGGUCGAGCUCCUGGCGAGCUGGAUGCUGGAGAAUCCUCUGACUGAGGAGCAGCAGGGAGGAGAGAACGUAUCAGCAGCCGACGCCGCACAUACACCCUCCUCAGACGGACCUGAGACCGUACAGUGUCCAGAAUCUCCGACGGUGCAUAGAGAACCCAGUGAGAGUGUGUUAGCUGGCCUGGAUCUGGUGGAGAGAGAGAACUUCCUGGACGUCCAUCUAACACGGAACCGGCCUCCUCCUGCACGGAGACAGCGCUCGGGUCAGCGUGCUUCCUUCAGGAGAUCAGACUCGGCGUGCGAUUGGCCGGAGCGCGCGGACACACACCCGUUCUCCGCUGAGGAGGAGGCGGAGCUGGGCUACAUGGAUGAACCGUACCAGGAGGAACCGUAUGAGGAACUUCUCACUCCUGACUUCAUCGCCUCAGAGAGGGACACGCUGUGGAUGGUGGAGGGAGUAGAGGAGCACACGGAGCCCCGUGAGAUGGUGGAGUGUGAGCUGUGUAACACACUGACACUGCACUUUAACGCCCACAUGAAGAGGCACCACCCGGGCUGCGGGCAGAGCGCCGGUCGCCGUGGUUACCGCAGUAACGGUGCCUACGUGGACGGCUGGUUCGGAGGAGAGUGCGGUUCGGGGAGUCCGUACUACCUCCUGUGCUCCAGCUGCAGGGAAAAAUACAUCAGUGCCAACCUGAGAGCCAUGGACAGUCAACACCACGGAACAAGGGGAAUGGCGUCUGAUCUGAUUGGCCGUUUGGACAGCACAUCUGAUGAUGAGUGGGAGCAGCAGGACAGCUCGGACCCGGAGCGUCUGACAGGCUUGGAGGAUUUCGGCGUGCUGUUGAGGCCGCUGGGACUCAGUGAGAAGAAGCCGAUUCCCGAACCAAUCCCGUUCACCGAACCAGAUCCGCUCGGAACCCUCAGUGCCACACACACACACGCGCAGGGCCGAGGUGUGACGAGUACGGAGCUGAAGCCCGCGGUGGCGUUACUCUCUCUCGGGGAACAGGCCGUGUCUCUGACGGAGGCGCAGCAGAGACUGGAGGCUUUACGCCGAGUCACUUCCACUGCGCAGGUCCUGCUGGGGUACAGCAUGGUGCUCACGGCCCUGUCCCAAACCGCAUCCAUUACUUCCGUGUGCAGUCAGUCCAGUGGAUUAGAGGCUCUGGGAUUGGCCGAUAUCCGGAUCCUGGUGCGCCUCAUGUGUUUGGCUGCAAGUGGGCGUGUCCAGGUGGACCAACAGGACAGUGUGCGCGGCUCAGGGAGCGGCGGCUCAAGCUCCGCCUUCCUGUCUUUUCUCAGUUCUGCUAUUGGCAGCUUGGUGUCUCACAGCCCCACAGCGUACAGGGAGCUAGUGGACAUCUGCACUCAGGAUCUGAUGGCUGCUGCUACAGGCGUGAAUCUCGGAGCGAUCUGUGACCCCCAGCAGAGAGGGCGUCUGGGCGCGGGCCGUGACUCCAGAGAGCUCGCUUUCCCCAACUUCCUGGUUACGCAGAGUCUGGUGUCGCUCCUCACUGAGAAACGGGUUCGAUAUCGCUACAGCGCGGAGAGAGCCGAGUCCAACGAGGCUAAAGAGUCGGGCAGCCCCCUUACCCCAGGCCCGUGUCUCUCUCAGGCCACCGUACGCGUCGGAUCUCUGGAGCUGGCGAACGCUCUGGCGGCCUGCGUCCUCUCCGCCCGUCUGAACAGCGGGCACCGGCAGUGGGCGGCUCAGCAGCUGGUGCAGGCGCUGGCAGCGUCAGAGCGAGACAGCUCCAUCAGACCUCAGAGCUACAGCGACACGGCCGGAGACCUGCGACAGUGUCCUCUCAGCAAACUGGAGGCUCACCACAACAGGGUAACAAGUUGCACCUGGAAUGCAGAGCAAGGACUACUGGCUACGAGCUCACAGGAUGGGACAGUGUGUCUGUGGGAUAUCUCUCAUAAUACAGCUGACCUGCUACACACACACACCUGCAGCAGCGAGGCCUCUCCUGGCUCUGAAGCCUCUGUGGGAACUCACCUGCUCUCUCCAGUGAUGUGGAGUGCACGAGGAACACUGCUAGCCACCUUCCAGAGCAAACACAUCUACAUCUGUGCCGUCCGUGGCUCUCAGGUUCACGUGGAGACUCAGGUCUCGUGGGUAACAGCGAUGACGUGGGCUCAGAACUCCACCUUCACCAGCGCAGGCACGGAGAGCUUGCUCGUGGGCCACCUCAACGGCUCCCUCUGCUGGAUGGAGGUGACAGAGGAAGGUGGAGAUGGAGUACGGGUGGAGAGCACAGCGCUGCCUCAAUGCCACCGGAGUGAAGCUCCUCGGUGUUUGGCGUGGUUCAGUGCUGAUAGACUUUUUGCUGUUGGUUACCCUGACGGGAAAAUUCUGCUGGGAGCAGCUCAGAGCUACGACACCGAGCAGCCGAUACUGCUCACAGCUUUCCAGGAGAGUGUGAACGCUCUGAGGUGGGACCCCACGGGUCACCUGCUGUUGUCAGUGGGCCGCUCGGAGGUGGUGAAGAUCUGGGGACGCUCGGGAGCAGCGUGGCUCGUCCUGCACUCGCUCUACCACACGGGCUCGGUGAACGCUGCGGAGUGGUGUCCUCUACCGGGACACGGGCCAAACCCACGCCUCAUGAUGGCCGUGGGAUGCCAAAAUGGCCUCCUGUACGUGUGGACUGUUCCACAAGGGGGCAGUAGUGUGUCAGUGCCUCAGUUCCUCAGUGCCUCCAGCAGUCAGGACAGAAGCGGUGUGGUCAAGCGAGGCAGUGCUAAGUGUGUGUUCAGACUGAGUGGACACAUCACAGCGAUAAAGACGCUGUCCUUCUGCCCCAGUGGACUCGCUCUGAUCUCAGGAGGAAUCGGAGGUCUGAUUAAUGUCUGGUCUCUGAGAGAUGGUUCAGUCCUGCAGACUGUAGUGACGGGGUUGGGCUCGGUCGUCUGUACCACGUGGAUCCCGACUGUGGGGGUCGCUGUGUGUUCUGGGAGGUCAAAGGACAUGUUGCUGAUUCGCUGCAGUCCAGACUGGAUCUCACAGAACCAUGUCCUGGCAUCAUGCCGCACCGUGCUCCGUUCUCAGGGAAUCCGGGGUUUGAGUCGAGCUCCCUGCAUGGCCGUCUUCCUCGAGCGCCUCCCGCUUCUGCUGCAGGAGCAGUACAACUACGAGAGGAGUCACGUGAUGGCUGGAGAUCAGCUGGUCCACAGCAGUUUCCUGCAGAGCUUGGCCUCUCUGGCUGUGGGUCUGAACCUGGAGCAGCUGCUGAGCCGUGAGCCCGUUCCUCCCCACCACGACCCCGCCGUCUCCUCCACGCACUCCGAGUGGAGCUGGCUCUCCACCUUCUCCACCACAGUGAAGAGCGCAGAGGCCUUCGUCCGCUCCACCUCCUUCCCCGAGGAGUUCACCGUGCCCGAGUUUCAGCAGAACGGAGACACGGCCACUUCCAGAGCCCUGGAUAACAGUAAGUGGAGCUUUAUGAUGGAUGAGCAGCUCAUGUCGUGGGCCACCAGCAGACCUGAGGACUGGCAGCAGGGUGGGAAGAGUGAGGUGUAUCUGUGGGGUAAUGGACGACACGGGCAGCUCGCGGAAGCUGGAACCAACGUUUCUGUGCCCACGCUUGCCCCCUCCCUCUCUCAGACACAGCAGGUGGUGUGUGGACAGAACUGCACGUUCCUGGUCCAGUCGAGUGGCGCUGUGUUGGCGGUAGGAGAGGGCAGCUAUGGCCGACUGGGGCAGGGCAACUCGGACGACCUGUACACACCUACACUCAUCUCUGCACUACAGGGUUAUGUAGUCACGCAGCUGGUGACGUCGUACGGUUCGGACGGCCAUUCCCUGGCUCUGACCGAGACGGGCGAGGUGUUCAGCUGGGGCGACGGGGACUACGGGAAACUGGGACACGGCAACACCGAGCGUCAGAGACGACCCAAACAGAUCGAGUCUCUGCAGGGGGAGGAGGUGGUGCAGCUGGCGUGCGGUUUCAAACACUCCGCCGUGGUCACGGCAGACGGGAAGCUCUUCACAUUCGGCAGCGGAGAUUCAGGGCGCCUGGGUCAAAGGUCAACCUCCAACAAGUUGGUGCCGGAGAGGGUCACGGCACUCGAAGGCCACCACAUCGGACAGGUGUCGUGCGGUAUCAAUCACACUCUGGCUCUGUCGUCAGACGGGAUGACUCUCUGGGCUUUCGGUGACGGGGAUUAUGGGAAACUCGGUACAGGACCCUGUACGGUCAAGUGCUAUCCCCAGAAAGUGGAGACGUUGUGUAAUAAAGGAAUCAAGAAGGUCGGGUGUGGAACUCACUUUUCAGUGGUGCUGGCCAGCGAUGGACACGUGUACACGUUCGGUCAAGAGCGUCUGAUCGGGCUUCCCGACUCCAUGCUGAAGAACCACAACCGGCCUCAGGUAGUUCCCGCUCUGGAGGGUGUGUUCAUCGAGGACAUCGCUGUGGGAUGCGAACACAUCCUUGCUCUCUCCAACACCGGGGAUGUGUAUGCCUGGGGGUGCAACUGUGAGGCUCAGUUGGGUCUCGGUCACUCGAGUCCAGUGAAGGAGCCCACUCUGGUCACAGCCCUGAAGGGCAAAAACAUCAAACAGAUCUCAGCUGGUCGAUGCCACAGCGCUGCAUGGACAACGCCUCCCUCUUCAUCAAGGGGCUCAGGCUCAGCAGGACUACAGCUCGGUUUGCCUCAGAGCGUUCCUCCACAGUACAACACCCUGAAGGACUGCACUCCCAAAGAGCUCAGCGCUCGCCUACGAGUCCUCUACCACUUCUCUGACCUCAUGUACAAGUCCUGGAGACUGCUCAACCUGGACACUCGCAAUCAGGUCUCUUCCUCCCGCUACAGCUCGGGCACGACGGCCAUAGUGCACGGGCACAUCCGAGGCCUGCUGUCGCCCAAAGUGAACACGCUGCCGCUAGUGCGCUCCAUCGGCCGCACCAUGACCCAGGGCAAGACGUACGGGCCGCAGAUCACCGUCAAGAGAAUCUCCAGCAGGGGGCGCUCCAGUAAGCCCAUUUUUGUGCAGAUAGCGAAGCAGGUGGUGAACGUGAACCCGACGGAGCUGCGUCUGCCCUCCAGAGCCUGGAAGGUGAAGCUGGUUGGAGAAGGAGCCGAUGAUGCGGGCGGAGUGUUCGACGACACCGUCACUGAGAUGUGCCAGGAGUUGCAGUCUGGAGUCGUGGACUUGCUCAUUCGCACUCCCAACAGUACUGCAGAUGUGGGCAGUAAUACAGACAGGUUCCUCUUGAACCCAGCAGCCGUCUCUGAUGAGCACAUGCUGCAGUUCCGCUUCCUGGGCAUCCUGAUGGCCGUUGCUGUUCGCACGAAGAAGCCGCUGGACCUGCACCUGGCGCCGUGGGUGUGGAAACAGCUGUGCUCCAUCCCUCUGGGCGGAGCCGACCUGGAGGAAGUGGACCUCCUCACACACCGCUCGCUUCAGGACAUCCUGAACCCUGACCACAGCAGCAUCAACGAGGACAACUUCACUGUGAUGAUUCCUCUGGACUCGUUUGUGGCCCACAGUGCGGACGGGAAGCUGGUGCCGGUGGUUCCCGGGGGUCACAACCUCCCGCUAACCUUCUCCAACAGGGCGGAGUACGUGGAGCGAGCGCUGGAGUAUCGACUACACGAAAUGGACAGACAGGUUGCAGCGGUAAGGGAGGGCAUGUCCUCCAUCAUCCCGGUGCCGUUACUCUCUCUGCUCACCGCGCGUCAGUUGGAGCAGCUCGUCUGCGGCCUGCCCGAGGUCUCUGUAGAGAUGCUCAAGAAGGUGGUGCGCUACCGUGACAUCACUGCCAACCACCAGCUGAUUGGCUGGCUCUGGCAAAGCCUGGAGGAGUUCACCAAUGAGGAGAGAGUGCUGUUCCUGCGCUUCGUGUCCGGACGCUCCAGGCUGCCGUCCAACCCGGCCGACAUCAUGCAAAAGUUUCAGAUCAUCAAAGUGGACCGGCCCUUGAACGGUCUCCCCACGGCCCAGACGUGUUUCUUCCAGCUGCGUCUCCCUCCCUACACCAGCCAGGCCGUGCUCGCCGAGCGUCUACGCUACUCCAUCCACAACUGCCCCUCCAUAGACAUGGACAACUACAUGCUGUCCCGCAACACGGAAGUGGCGGACGGCUCCGACACCGAAUACUGACGCAACACUCAUCAUGGACUCUGUUACAUAUGGGGAAAAAGAAAAGCACUAAACAAGCUCAGUCUGGUCUGUGCUUUUUUUUUUUUUUUUUUUUUUUUUUAAAUAAUUCCUCUGGUCAAUGUUCUUCCUUACUGGUGCAAUACAGAAAUCUCUAACUCCAGUGGUGCAGGCCGAGAGUGCCGAAGUGACCCGUGACUUAUUUCUGGGUACAGAAGUGUUGGAACUUCUCUUUAAACUUAAAGGUGCAGUUUGUAAAGUUUAAACGUGUAUCUAGCCCGCAUCAUUUUAAAGACAUCCCGAGAGUCACAAUAUUGACAUGCAGUGGAUAUGGAUCUUUUUGUUAUUCAAGAUUGUUUUAUCUGUUUGCAUUUUUCAAUCCCAGAAAUUAGCUCCGCCCCCAGCUUGAAAGCGUCCUUAAAAAGGAAAAAAAACGAGACAUAAUUUUAGCUGAAAUAACGUGAAACGCAUGUCCAUUUUAACUGCAGUUGCAUUUCGUCUUUCAGGAAGCUGAGGGCUCUCAAAAUUACAAACUGCUUCUUUAAAAAUAAAAGAAAAACAAAAAUAACAGUACAAAAUAUUUGCCACUGAAAGCAUUAAAACGCUAGCAAUGGUUUUAAACGACCCGAACUGGGAAAACACUAACGAGGCAUCGGGCAGCUUCUUCAUCCCGGUUUAUAAGUUUAUUACAUAUUUAUUGAUAACGUGCUGUACGUCACUGAGACUCCGACUCUAACGCUCCUCAAUUCACUUUAUCUUGAAUGUAAUACUUGCAAAAUGCCAUGCACAUUAUGCACUCAGAUUUUUAUUUGCCAAAUAGUGUACUGCGACUCCAUUAGAUAGCCCUGGAUGGAAUUUAGGUUGUUUUAUUUUUAUUCGGUUUGUGAAUACGUGUGGAAAUCCAUAGCGUGCUGUGAAUGUUUUUUUUUUUUUCUCCUUCAGGAGGAUGUGUGCAUCAGCCACACAUACAGCUCAGCUCUAGGUCCUAACCGCUAUGGUGAUUAGUAGAAUGUGUUCGGACUGAGUUUAGAGGACGGAAAUUCUCCUCUGCAUCUCCACGGAGACUCCAGUUACUACUGUGUGUUGUGGUUUACACUAAUGCUAAUUUAUUCGAUUUGUUUUGUAAAGAGAGCGAGAUGUUGGUUGUGCUCAGUGAGAUGUUUGCACUUCAGACCUAUAUGCAUUGUUCUUGAGUAUAUUAAAAAAAAAAAGAAGAAAAAAAAACACUGAAUAUUAAAAUAAUUUAGAGCUGCUCUAUCACUAAGUCGUUCUUUUUUUGAUACAUGUUAAAAGAAUUCUUUUAUUUUUUCCGUAAUACCCAACACCAGUGGUUCUCAUAGUGCUGGGCGAUUUUUUUUCGAUUAAUUUGAAAUAAUGUUUUAAUGCAAUUUUCAAAAGGUUCUAAUCAAGAUUGUAUAAAAAAUAUAAGAACAUAAAACAUGUACACACACACACACACACACACACACACACACACACACACACACACACACACACCAUGGUCUUUCUGAAUACUCGAUUCUGAUUGGCUGGAAGGUGUGGUUCAAACCGCUGAAUGUAGUUCCAUCAGUUUAAUCACUGUUCUAAAUUAAUGUGGUGCCUAUAAACAACUGUCACCACCAGUUGCAUAUAGUAGUUAAACUCACAGCUUCAUUAUUAGUAGAAAUGCAGCAUAGAUGCAGGUAAUUCACACACACACACACACACACACACACACACACAAUCUCUCGCUCUCUCAGCUUUAAGUUGUCAAUGCUGGCAAGUGACCAUGUUACAAGCGGGAUAAUCCAUGGCUAGGUGUGCAUUACACGAGUUUAAUGCACUGUGCGGAGGUAACCACCCUCCACUUCGCACUGGGCGGUUCUUUGCCUCCACAACUGUAAUGCACACCUAGCCAUGCAUUAUCCCUUACGUAUACAGUAUAUAAAUGCAUAUUUAAAUUUUUAAUUAAAACAUCCAUAAAUGCUAUUUAAAAGUAUAAACCAAUACGAAAGAAAAAUACAACCUUAUUAACCUAAUAAACGCCUCCUACAGCCUGCGCUACUCCCAA